UCAUAAAAAGAAAAAUAUAAUUAAAGUAUCCCCAAUGCGGGUGUAGUUUGAAGGUAAACAUGAUGCCCACCUUAAGCUGACUCCACCUUCAGUCGUCAAAGCUCUAUAAAGAAGGUGAAAUCUGUUUCUCCCUCUCUUUUCUCUCUCACUAAAAGUCUUACGCAGGACUUUGAGUCAACGAGAUCCGAUAUCGCCUUCAUCUCAGGAGGGUUGAGCCUGCGGACACAGAAGGCCUUCUAUCCACUGAGCCCAGGAAGAGAGUCUUGUUCAGCUCCUUCUUCAUCCCCAGCUCCAACUAUGUACUCUGCAGGCGUGGAGAUCCUCGGGAUGAUCCUGGCCGUGGCCGGUUGGCUGGGGGUGAUGGCGGCCUGCGGCCUGCCCAUGUGGCGGGUGGCCGCCUACAUCGGUCAGAACAUCGUCAUCUCCCAGGUGAUCUGGGAAGGCUUGUGGAUGAACUGUUCGGUGCAGAGCACGGGCCAGAUGCACUGCAAGGUGCACGACUCCAUGCUGGGGCUACCGGUAGACCUGCAGGCAGCUCGCGCCUUGGUCAUCGUCUCCAUGGUGAUGUGCAUCGUGGGCAUCGGUCUGUCAGUGGCUGGCGCCAAAUGCACCAACUGUAGCCGGGAUGUGAGCAGUAAGCCACGGCUGGUGGUGGCCGCUGGAGCGACCUUUGUGGUGGCCGGACUGCUGCUGCUGGUGGCUGUGUCCUGGACGGCCCACGCCAUCGUCCUGGGCUUCUACGACCCACUGCUGGAGGAGACAGGGAAGAGAGAGUUUGGUAAUGCUCUGUACUUUGGCUGGGCUGCCUCCUGCCUGCUGAUUCUAGGGGGGGUCCUGCUCUGUUGCUCCUGCCCCCCCAAAUCGGCUACAGCACCGAGCGGUGGUGGCUCUGUGCCUCCCCGGGCGGACUACUCAGCUGUCAAAACCAUGUCAGUCAAUGGAUACACCAGAAGAGACUAUGUAUAA